UCCAGCAAAGUGCAGAGGCAGGCAGUGUCGUCUAGGGAAGGAGGGAGAGUCCAGGUUCCCGGACUAAUUCGCUGUGCCGCGGAAUGCAAAUUUGCAAGGAAUUAGCUUCGCGAAUCCUCCUGGCACCUUUUGGCUUGGGAAGCCGUUUUCUAAAGACCUCUGCGGACGGAGGCAUCAUCUCUCUGCCUCUCUCUAAACUGGAUUUGAGGCUUGCCUUUCUGCAAUCUGACGGGUCCGUUCUCUUUUUCCCACCCAUCCGCCGCUCUCCAAUUGGAAUCGAGUUGGGGGGGGGGAGGAGAAGAGAUGCCCAGGCUUGAUUGAUAUUAAUAUUGAAGCCACGGCUGGGACCACGAGCUACUCCCUUGCCUGGCCACCUGGGUGCAAACUGUCACCGGAGGAACAAGUGUUGCUGGCUGGAGCCUUUAAGGGGAAGGAGAUCUGCAAAGGCGAGAGAGACCAGUCUUCCCUUUUGGGUCUACAGCAUCUCCCUUUAAAGUUGCAGCCUAGAAAGCCCACCGGCAGCGAUGUCCAGGAACGGCUACUUCUUCGAAGAAACAGGCUACCUUAAGUGCGAUACGGACGAUGGCUGUGAGAACAAAGAAGAAGUCGGGGGUGAAGAACUUUUUGACACCGUCAAUUCCUCGAUCGUCUCCGGGGACAGCAUCAGGUUCUUUGUGAAUGUCAACUUGGAUGUACAGCAGAACGUUACAGCAGAAAGCGAAGGCGCUGGGUGCGUUUUAUUACACACAUCAAGAAAAUACCUAAAGUUAAAGAAUUUCGAGGAAGAAGUCCGAGCUCACCGCGACCUCGACGGGUUCCUCGCCAGAGCCAGCAUCAUCCUGGACGAGACGGCAACCUCUCUGGACGACGUCCUGCGGGAGAUGCUGAAACACUUUGCGGAGGACUCUGACAACGCGGAGCCCAGCUGCAACUUUGACAAAAUCAUGAGCACUUUAUUCACCGAUUCGGGGGCCCCCAGAGAAGGGAAUGUUCACCUCUUGUCAGAUACAAUUCAGGGCGUCACAGCGACAGUCACUGGGGUACAGUAUCAACAGUCCUGGCUUUGUAUCAUUUGCACUAUAAAAUCCCUUCAGCGUCGCCAUGUUUGCAUCAGCCGCCUCGAAAGGCCUCAGAACUGGGGGGAAAACUCCUGCGAAGUGCGAUUCGUCAUUCUGGUCCUUGCUCCUCCGAAAAUGAAAAGUACCAAAACUGCAACCGAAGUGGGCCGGACAUUUGCCACAAUGUUCUCAGAUAUAACCUUCCGGCAGAAGCUUCUAGAAACGAAAACGGAGGAAGAGUUCAAGGAGGCUUUGGUUCACCAACGUCAUCUGCUGACCGUCGUGAACCAGAGGCCAUCAGCAAUGGCCGACGGGCACAUAGUACACAACCACAAGCCUCUCAAGCUCCACGAGUUCUUCAAUGUUGGCAAGGGAAUUUUUGAUGACAUCGCACGAAGGUUUCCAGUGUACGCGCUGGACUUUACUGAUGGCAUCAUCGGCAACAACAAAGCCAUAGGCAAAUACAUCACCACCAUGAUCUUUCUGUACUUCGCCUGCCUCCUGCCUUCCAUCGCUUUUGGCUCCCUCAACGACGAAAACACGGACGGAGUCAUUGAUGUGCAGAAAACCAUCGUUGGCCAGUGCAUUGGUGGUCUGCUCUAUGCGCUGUUCUCAGGCCAGCCGCUUGUGGUGCUGUUGACGACGGCUCCUUUAGCGCUCUACAUCAAUGUUAUCAAAGGGAUCUGCACUGACUACAACUUGGAAUUUCGCGCUUUCUACGCCUGGGUGGGACUCUGGAACAGUUUCUUCCUGAUGCUCUACUCCCUUUUCAAUUUCAGUCUUGUAAUGAAACUCUUCAAAAGGUCGACGGAAGAAAUCAUUGCACUUUUUAUCUCCAUCACAUUUGUCCUUGAUGCUCUCAAGGGCAUAACGAAAGUUUUUACAAAGUACUACCAUUUCCCGAGAGUGCACAGCACACCGAUUGAUAACACCACCUUCUUCUUGAACAUGUCAGCUGAGCGCUCGGCACUGGGGAACCAGACGGACGCCCCCCCUGCCGCUACGCCGUAUGGGCGAGAGACGGCCGUUCUUAGUCUCAUGCUGAUGCUGGGAACCCUUUGGCUCGGUCACACGCUGUAUCAGUUUAAGAAAAGCCCUUAUUUGCACGCCAGAGUCCGCGAAAUCCUGUCCGACUGUGCCUUGCCCAUUUCUGUCCUAACCUUUUCCGCCGUGGGGUCUUAUUUCUUCAAGGAAAUAACAAUGUCUAAGUUUAAUUACAACCCAUCGGAGAGCUUGUUCGUGUUGGCCCCCCUCCUAGAGCUCUCCAUUGGCUCCGUUAUGAGUGCGAUGGGCCUGGGGUUCCUGCUCUCCAUGCUUUUCUUCAUCGAGCAAAAUAUAGUGGCAUCACUCACAAACGCCCCGGAAAACAGGUUAGUGAAGGGAACAGCUUAUCACUGGGACCUCCUGCUUGUGGCUCUGAUCAACAUAGGGCUCUCCAUCUUUGGGCUGCCAUGGAUCCACGCUGCGUUCCCCCACUCGCCGAUGCACGUCCGAGCACUGGCCUACGUGGAGGAGAGGGUGGAGAAUGGGCACAUCUAUGAGACGAUCGUGAGUGUGAAGGAGACCCGGCUGACCACCCUGGUAGCCAACUUCCUGGUGGGCCUCUCCCUGCUGCUCCUGCCUUUCCCGCUGCAGCUGAUCCCAAAGCCCGUCCUCUACGGCCUGUUCCUCUACAUCGCCCUGACCUCCAUCGAUGGGAACCAGCUCUUUGAGAGGGUCGCCCUCCUGCUGAAAGAGCAGACGGCCUACCCUCCGACGCAUUACAUCCGCCGGGUGCCCCAGAGGAAGAUCCACUACUUCACGGGUCUGCAGGUCCUCCAGCUCCUCAUCCUUUGUGGAUUUGGGAUGUCUCCCCUGCCCUACAUGAAGAUGAUCUUCCCCCUCAUCAUGAUCGGAAUGGUCCCUAUCAGGUAUAACUUGCUCCCAAGGAUCAUUGAAGCGAAAUACUUGGACGCAAUGGAUGCUGAGCACUAGGGGAAGACGCAGCCUUGUUUCCCUUGCAUCAGCCAGCGGGCUUCUAUCUUUUUCAAACAGAAAGGAAGCUGACAUCUGGCUGGGCGACUCGCCGGACCUUUGGUUUGGUCCCCGAACCUCUCGUGACUUGAUUUUUGUACUCCUGCACAACUGACUACCCAAAGGCAUGUUGCUAGAGACCAACCAAGUGCCCAGAUUUCAGGGGUGGGGGGUUUGGGGUGGGGUGGGGUGGGGGAACCAGCGCUCUUUGAAGCUGGAGCGGCAAGUGUGCUUUACGGAAACCCCAAAGACAAAAGUUUGGCAAUGCGUCUCCCCGCUUCUUUGUUUAAGGGAAGGACAGCGCCGUUUUUAUAGACAUUUUUGACACACACACACACACACACA